CUCCCAGAUCCUUAGAGCAGUGCCCUUCAUUCCUGGGCCCAUGCCACCUUCCUGGGCAUCACCUCCCUGGACCAAUCAGAGCCGCUCACGUGAGCUGGAGUUCUUGCUGCUGGGCUUCUCACAUGUGCCCUCCCUGCGCCCAAUGCUUGCAGUGCUCUUCCUGGCCGCCUUCCUGCUCACGUUGCUAGGCAACACACUCAUCUUCAUUCUCACCAGCCUGGACCCAGGCCUGCGAGCACCCAUGUACUUCUUCCUGCGCCAGCUGGCGCUGGUGGAGAUCUGCUUCUCACUGGAUGUGGCACCCCGUCUGCUGGUGACCCUGCUGCGGCCUGGACAAGGGGUGUCUCCAACCAGCUGUGCCCUGCAGCUGCUUCUCGUAUUAUCCUGUGUAACAUCCGAGUGCUUGCUCCUCACAGUCAUGGCCUGGGACCGCUUCCUGGCCAUUUGUAGCCCUCUGCGUUAUGGCGCCAUCAUGAGCUUGAAGCUGUGCCACCUGCUGGCCGCCACUUGCUGGCUCUCAGGAGCCCCAGUGUCAAUGGUCUUCACCAUCUGGCUCUUUAACUUCCCCUUCUGUGGGCCACGGGGCAUCAGGCACUACUUAUGUGACAUAGCACCUCUGCUGAGCCUGGUGUGUGCAGACACCAGAGUCUUUGAGGCCAGUGUGUUUGUGGCCACAGUGUUAAUUAUGAUCGUUCCUGUCUGUCUCAUAGUCAUGUCCUAUACCAGGAUUCUGGCUGCUGUCCUUCGGAUGCCAUCAGCCUCUGGGCGCCACAAGGCCCUGUCCACCUGUGCCUCCCACCUCAUCGUGGUGAUUCUGUUUUACGGCACAACGGGGGUCAUCCACUUGCGCCCCAAGGCCAGCUACUCUCCUGAGAGCAAGCAAGUGGUGUCCCUGUCAUACACCAUUGUGACCCCCAUGCUCAACCCUCUCAUCUACAGCCUGCGGAACAAGGAGGUCAAGGCUGCCUUCGGGCGUGUCUUCAUUCAGAGACGAGGAACCUUUAUCCUCUGACCUCUAUAUGACUUCAUUUAUGCAAUCAUUUGGGGAUCAUCUCUAACCUAGUGGACUUGAGGAUCUCGAUGCACGAGGAAAAGUCCUGCUGCAAAGCCUCAUGCUGGCCUCAAACUCAUGCCAUCCGAAGGACAGCAGCCAGAAUCAUGACGUAAUCUUUAGGAUUACAGGCACCUACCGUCACACCUGGUCACACUGCAAUAUCAAUUGCUCUUCUUAAUAAAUUUGAAUUGACCUUGAAUAAAGUACUGCUUUAUA